UCGACCGCGCUCGGGUCCACAGCUCUAUGGGGAAAGCGGCCGCUCUGAGCCGAGGCGGCGGCUGCGCUGGCCGCUCCCGCGGGCUGUCGUCGCUGUUCACGGUUGUCCCCUGCCUGUCCUGCCACACGGCGGCGCCGGGCAUGAGCUCGUCUACAUCCGGCUCAGGGCCGGAGCCCAAGCCUCAGCUCCAGCCUGUGCAGGCACCAGAGCGGGAAUUGCUGUCCGAACAGGUGUGCAAGCCAGUUUUUGAACCGGUGCCGAGAUCUGAACCUGGGCCCCAGACGACGUCUGAGCCAGGGCCCUCGGGGGCUGGGCAGGAAUCGGAGCUACAGGAUUUAUGGCUAGAGGCAGAGGCGGGCCCAAGAGUAGGGGCUGGGCCCUUCACCAAAAUCUCAUCGGAGGAGCUAACCUCUCUGGGGUCAACUGUAGGGAACGCGCCCCUGGCCAAGCCCGAGCCCAGGUCAGUGUCAAAGCCCCAGCCGCUUCAGCGACCAGGACAGGCGAAGACUACUGUCGGGAGUCCAGUUUCAGGGGCUGGUGUCCCAAUGGUCGCACCACCUCUGGACAGCUACAAGGGCUGGCUCCUCAAGUGGACUAACUACCUGAAAGGCUACCAGCGCCGCUGGUUCGUGCUGGGCAAUGGCCUGCUGUCCUACUACAGAAACCAGGGUGAAAUGGCCCACACCUGCCGUGGAACCAUCAACCUGGCCUCCGCACACAUUGACACAGAGGACUCUUGUGGAAUCUUGCUAUGCAACGGAGCGAGGACCUACCACCUCAAGGCCAGCUCCGAGGUGGAGCGGCAGCAGUGGGUCACCGUUCUGGAGCUGGCCAAGGCCAAGGCUAUCCGCGUGAUGAAAACUCAGUCAGAUGAUUCCGGGGAUGACGACGAAGAGCCUGCCGCCCCAGGUGACAAGAGUGAGCUCCACCACACCCUUAAGAACCUCUCAUUGAAGUUAAAUGACCUCAGCACAUGCAAUGACCUCAUUGCUAAGCAUGGCGCCGCACUCCAGCGCUCCCUGAAUGAGCUGGACAGCCUCAAGAUCCCAUCGGAGAGCGGGGAGAAGCUGAAGGCUGUGAACGAGCGGGCCACCCUCUUCCGCAUCACCUCAAAUGCUAUGAUCAACGCCUGCAAGGACUUCCUGGAACUAGCGGAGAUUCACAGCCGGAGAUGGCAGAAGGCUCUGAAUUAUGAGCAGGAGCAGCGCGCCCACCUGGAGGAAACCAUCGAGCAGCUGGCCAAGCAGCACAACAGCCUUGAGAGAGCCGUCUGUAACACCCCCGGCGGGCCGGCGGACCCCAGCAAGAGCCUCAGUGAAGGAAGCUUCCUGACCUCCAAAGGAGAGAACAGUGAAGAAGAUGAAGAUACUGAGUACUUCGAUGCCAUGGAGGACUCUGCAUCUUUCAUCACUGUAAUCACCGAGUCCAAGGAAGACAGAAAAGCCGAGGGUGGAACUGGGUCAACCUCUGUGGACUGGACCCCAGCAGAUAAUGUACGUGAGGUGCUAGAUGGUGCCUCCUUUGUGCCCAAGGAUUCAUGCAAAGUUAAACGGCGGGCCCGCAUCCCCGAUAAGCCCAACUACAGCCUUAACCUCUGGAGCAUCAUGAAGAACUGCAUCGGCCGAGAGCUCUCCCGGAUCCCCAUGCCGGUGAACUUCAAUGAGCCCUUGUCCAUGCUCCAGCGACUUACCGAGGACCUGGAGUACCACCACCUACUGGACAAGGCGGUGCACUGCACUAGCUCGGUGGAGCAGAUGUGCCUGGUAGCCGCCUUCUCUGUCUCCUCCUACUCCACCACGGUGCACCGCAUCGCCAAGCCCUUCAACCCUAUGCUGGGGGAGACCUUCGAGUUGGACCGUCUGGAGGACAUGGGCCUGCGCUCCCUCUGUGAGCAGGUGAGUCACCACCCCCCAUCUGCUGCCCACCACGUGUUCUCUAAGCAUGGCUGGAGCCUCUGGCAGGAAAUCACCAUCGCCAGCAAGUUCCGGGGGAAAUACAUCUCCAUCAUGCCACUCGGUGCCAUCCACCUAGAAUUCCAGGCCAGUGGCAAUCACUACGUGUGGAGGAAGAGUACCUCGACUGUGCACAACAUCAUCGUGGGCAAGCUCUGGAUUGACCAGUCAGGGGACAUUGAGAUUGUGAACCAUAAGACCAAGGACCGGUGCCAGCUGAAGUUCGUGCCCUACAGCUACUUCUCCAAGGAAGCAGCCCGAAAGGUGACCGGAGUGGUGAGUGAUGGCCUUGGCAAGGCCCACUAUGUGCUGUCAGGCUCCUGGGACGAGCAGAUGGAGUACUCGAAGAUCGUGCACAGCAGCCCCAGCUCUGAUGGAAAGCAAAAAACCGUGUACCAGACGCUGCCCGCCAAGCCGCUAUGGAGGAAAUACCCACUGCCGGAGAACGCGGAGAACAUGUACUAUUUCUCGGAGCUGGCCCUGACCCUCAACGAGCAGGAGGACGGUGUGGCGCCCACCGACAGCCGCCUGCGGCCCGACCAGCGACUGAUGGAGAAGGGGCGCUGGGACGAGGCCAACACCGAGAAGCAGCGGCUGGAGGAGAAGCAGCGCCUGUCCCGCCGGCGGCGGCUGGAGACGUGCGCAGCGAGCUGCGGGGGCGAGGAUGAGAAGGAGUCAGACUGCUAUACGCCGCUGUGGUUCGAGAAGAGGCUGGACCCGCUGACCGGGGAGAUGGCCUGCAUGUACAAGGGCGGCUACUGGGAGGCCAAGGAGAAGAAGGACUGGCACAUGUGCCCCAACAUCUUCUGAGCCACUCCUGCGGCAAAUACAGGCGCCUGCACAGCC